AUGACCUCUAGCUGCAAAGGGCCUAUUGAGCAAGCAGGCACUGAUCAUCCAGAUGUCAAGGAACAACUUGGAAAGGGGGCAGGAAUCAGGCAGGUUUCCAAAGUGGUUGGCAAUAUGUGGAAGAAAUUGCCAACAGACAGACGAAAGGACUGGAAAGAUAAAGCACUGAGCUUGAGGGAAGACCUUGUUAUGGGAAUAGCAGAUAAAAAAUGUCCAACCUGCAGCACCCAGUUCACAAGGGAGAAGGACUUCAAAUACCACCAGAAAGGUUGUCAUGAGUGCAUUUGCGAGGAAUGCAAUGAAUCAUUUGACCAUAAGCAAAAGCUAAAGAGGCAUAAAGACCAGAAACAUAAAGACAGCUACAAGUGUGAUCAUUGUCAAAAGACUUUUGCAGAGAAAAAUCUUAUAAGACACCAAAAGUCACAUGUUUAA